AUGUCAUAGCUGUGAAGUUUUUUUUUCAAGAGAACAAUGUGAAGAUGAUGCCUCGGUGACCCCCGAUACCAACUUGUGCAUUGGGACGAUGGAAGUCCUCGAGGGCUGCCGGCAAACUGUUCGCGUGGCAGCUCCAAAUGGAUAUGCCAACAGGCUUUUCCAAGGCAACACGGAGGAAGGGAGUAUUGACAUGUUGGAGAGCUGCAGUGCUGAGCACUGCACCUCCAGUGAUGCAAUCCCCAAUGAACAGGAGGAAGCACCCAGGUAUAAGAAGACAACCAAGGGCAGCAGGAUCUGGAAUUUUGUUAGACGGAGGAAAGAACUUUCUGCAAAUAAAGGAAGACCUCAGUCCAUGAUCCUGCUAGGAGUUACAUCUGAGGUCUCAGAAUUAAAAAAAACAUCCUUCAUGGACAGGAUAAGGCCAUUAAAAAAGGGAAGAACUUCCAGGGUGCCUAAAAGUGUGGAUUUGAGAGCAUCCAGAGUCCAGGAUGCUUGUGACCCUGAGGAGGACCAUCAUGGCAGUGCAGGACAAAGAGCUGUUUACAGGGUUAGGAAACUGAGUGACGGUCGAAGGCCGUCCCGCCACUCGUAUGCAGGGUACAUUGAUGAUUUGGAUUCUUCUUUUGAAGACAUAGAGCUGAAUAUCAGCAUUCCUGACAUUGAUGCCAGUGAAAGUAGAUGUCUCAGGGAUAUUAGCGCCAGGUUACACAGGGAAGAUAAUGACAGUAAUUGCCAGAAAACACCAGCCAGGAGGAGUGAGUCUCUAAAUUUUGAAACCUCUAAGAGUCCUGCAAUUACAGAAGGGGACCAUCAAAGGAGGUGUCCUGUGCCCUCCCAGGAGAGCAAGAGAGGAAGGAGCUCUGAUGUCUGGAGCUAUCUGAAAGGGAUUUCGUUAACCAGCAAAGAUAACUCAAAGCUUGCAGACCAAAGGCUUGAAACCAAUUUCCAGAACUUAGAAAAUACAACCGAUCAUUCUCCUUCUGAUUUUGACUUUGAUACAAGAUGCGAGGAGAAUCUUAGCCAGCGGAAAAAAUCCAACAGUACAACCAAAUCCACUCACUUUGGGGGUGUAGUGAGGUUCCUAACCAGCGUGGCCGAGGCAGCUCGGAGGCUGCGAGGCUCCUCUAGGGCAUUUUCGCCUGAUGAGAAAAGGCCUCAGCAGAGUCUCCGAAGCUGGAGGCAGGAUGUUGCCUCCCACAAAGUGGCCUUGGUUAUUGAGAAUGAGAGUGCGAGGGCCUUUUGCACAGUGGGAGCGUGUCUGCAGUCCCGGAUUCAGGGACGUGGGAUAAUCUGAGCUUUGAGAGUUUGGUGGGGAAGGAGCCUGCACAGCACUGCAAAACCACAGAAUUGUCAGAAGACAUUGGUUCCCCUGCCUUGAGCAGUGAGAACGAUAGAUUUAAUGGGACAUCACUCUCUCCUUUUGGGCCAGAACCAUCCAUCUGCCAUCUACCAGAGCUUGCAGAUGACUCUUUCACUGACUUCAAUGCCUAAAGAUCCCCUGAGGAUCUGACUGACUUCCCACAGACGACUUUAGCUAAACAAAUUGAGGACUCAAGCAAUACUCCAGAAAAGGCACAGGUCCUGGGCAGAGACCUGCCAUAUUCUCAAGGUCUUCCUGAGAAUAAUUCUGCAUGCUGUGGAGCAUGGGCAGUUCUCCAGCUGCAGAUGGUGACUGUUCUGCAGUAUCUGAGGCACCGGUCCACCUUCCUCAGACACCCUUGACUAAACUCGAUACCAAGGACAUGGCUUGUGCUCCAGUGGUUGCUGAAGACACGGACCCGUCUCCAGCAGUGGCUCAGGAGCUUUCAAAGACAGAACUGGAUGUGCAGGACUUGAGAUAAUCCUGAGCUGCCUUUGCAAGACUUGUCUCAAGGUGAGCUGGGGAUUGAGGGCUCGGGCAGUACUCUGGGAGGAGACACAGGUCAUGGAUGGGAACCUGCAAUGUUCUCAAGACCUUCUUGAGAAUAAUGUGGAUGCUGUGGACAUGGGCUGUUCUCCAGCUGCAGAUGGUGACUGUUCUGCAGUGACUAAGGCUCUGGUCCCCUUCCCAGUCAACCCUGACAAAACCUGAUACCAAGGACGUGCUUGUGCUCCAGUGGCUGCUAAAGACACAGAUCCAUCUCCAGCAGUGGCUCAGGAGCUUUCGAAGACAGAACUGGAUAUGCAGGACUUGAGUAAUCCUGACUGGCAUUUGCAAGACUUGUCCUCAGGUGACUGGGGAUUGAGGACUCGAGCAGUACUCUGGAGGAGACACAGGUUGUGGACAGGACCCUGAACUUGUUCUCAAGUUCUUCCUGUUAAUACUCUGGAUCCCAUUGACCUGGGCUGUUCUCCAUUGGCUGAUAUUGACUUUUCUGUGGGGACGUUUUUACGUUGUGCUACAGCUGACGGAUCAGUUUUAGAGCGGACUGAUUGCUGCAUUAAAAAAACGUGGAACCAGCUUCAUUUGUAGAACACACUCUGUAGAAAUAACAGAUGGAGGGGAUCAAUUUGACUGUGACGAUGAGUGCCGGCCAUUCCAAGUGCACAUCUCUAGAAUUCUCUCCUCAGGACGGCUCAAGA